AUGAAAUCAAAAUGGCGAUGAUACAGCGAAGCGGUGCAGUGCAUUGACGCGAUGUUGUUUCUUCUAAUUUUUUAAAUUAGAACUGUUUUUCAAUUCAUACUGGUGAAUAGGACUGUGAUAAUGGAAUUUGACGAAAUUGUUGUGAAGGAAAGCCCGGGGCUUUGCCGGUGCUGUCUCUCCGAGGGAUGUUACAAAGACUUGGGGACCGAGUACACUUGGAUGAACGAAAACGAAGUUUAUGCCGAUAUGCUGCUUGAAUGCUUUGAUAUUAGUAUAUCCCAACACAAUGAAGGCCCCAACGGCCCCAGUCGACUUAUCUGCGAAGUGUGCAUCACACGACUGCGCGACGCCUGCAACUUCAAGAAGCAGGUCCUGGACUCGGAGAAGAAGUUCGUGGAUAUGAUCGGCAGGGGAGAGUUUAGGCCUAAAGUGAUGAUCUACCAGUCGCAAAUGAAGGCGGAGGCCAGCGAGGAGACCCCGACCGAGGACACAGAAGUGGAAUACUUGGAUGAAAUGGACUUCGGAGAUGCGGACGACGAGCCUCUAAAGAACGAAGCCUCUGGCUCAGAUAUAGCCGUGGAGGCUCUGCCCCUGCCCAAGCGUGGGCGCCCACCGAAGGCGAGGAAAGCCGUGAAAGGGGAAAAGAAAAAGACCAAAGCUGAAGACAGGCCGAAGGCUUCCAAGACCAUCGUCAAAGGUAGGUUUCAAAACUUACACCGUUUGUGGGUAGACAUUUCUGGAACUGUGAGCAGACUUGGCAUAAGAUGA